AGCCGUUGCUUGUGGAAACAGCUGGUAGUUUCUGUCAGCUUUGCUUCAUAGCCGCAUUGGGAGGAAUAAAAGUUCACAUUUGACUGAAAACUGACGGAGUGUGGUUGGUUUUGAGUCACUGCUGCUUUUUCACCAGGCACCGGGACAUGUCAUCCUGUGAAAGCCACUUUAACGGGGACUUUUUAAUCACCGACGGAGCUUAUUAUUAGACGCUCUACGCACCGGUGCUAACGCUAGUGAACGUUGGCUAACUUUCUCUACUCCCAUAGCAACUAGCACAGGUGUUCCGUUGGACUAACCGUCGGUUUUCUGACAGUGUAGGGCGAGGUUUCUGCUUCACCUCAGCAUGACUCAUGUUCAUUAUAAAUUCUCCUCUAAACUCAGCUACGACACGGUGGUUUUUGACGGCCUGCAUGUCACGCUGAGGGACCUGAAGAGGCAGAUCAUGGGCAGGGAGAAGCUCCGAGCCGGGGACUGCGACCUGCAGAUCACCAACGCACAGAAUAAAGAAGAGUUCACAGAUGACGAUGUUUCGAUCCCCAAAGGCUCCUCCGUCAUCGUCAGGAGAAUCCCCAUCGUCGGAGGAAAGCCAAACUCAAGCAAGACCCGCAACCUUGAGCGAUUUGACAUCCAGAAUAACAACGCCUUUGGAGCCUUCAAAGCAAUGGAUGACCUAAAUUCUUCCAGAGCCUUACCCCUUUUCUCCAAGAUGGCUAACCUGGCUGAUGUGGAAGGGUCAGAGGAGGAUAAGAUCAGAGUUAUGAUGAAUCAGACGGGCUAUGACCCCACAAAUUACAGCAAGAAGCCUGUUACUGUGCUACCUGCGAACUACACCUGUUAUCGCUGUCAAGGAAGUGGACACCACAUCAGGAAUUGUCCAAGCACAGCGGAUAAAAGCCAGGAAGCCCCUGUGAAACUAAAGAAAAGUUCAGGCAUCCCUCGCUCCUUCAUGAUGGAAGUGGACGAUCCCUCCGUAAAGGGAGCCAUGCUGACCAGCUGUGGACGUUACGCGGUUCCUACAAUAGACGCUGAGGCGUACGCCAUCGGGAAGAAGGAGAGGCCUCCGUUCGUCCCCCGGGAUCAUUCGGAGUCAGAGGACGAGGAGGAUCUUGUCCCCGAGGAGCUGCUCUGUCUCAUCUGUCAUGACCUGCUGAGCGACGCUGUGGUCAUACCCUGCUGCGGAAACAGCUACUGCGACGACUGUAUUCGGAGCGCCUUGCUGGACUCAGAGGAUCACGUCUGCCCCACUUGUAGCCAAUCAGAUGUCUCACCUGAUAACCUGAUAGCCAAUAAAUUUCUCCGACAGGCUGUGGACACUUUUAAGAAAGAGCAAGGCUUCACUAAAAGUCUGAAGAAAGGAUGCAGUGCCUCCCAAUCCCAAAAUCCAACCCCGACCCUGAGUCCUGCCCUCACCCCGCCCCCUCUCACCGUGCAGAUCCAGCCUCAGAAGCCUCUCCUCUUAAACCACAGACAGCAGGACCCUCUCCGCCAACACUCACAGGCUGCAGACACACCACCAUCCUCUCAGGUGCCAACAAGCCCCGUCUCUUCCCCCAACACGCCAAGCACUUCCUGCCAGCCUGUGCUAAGCCACCUGGAGACACCUGAGAAGGAGGCUGAAGAAAAGACAGACGAUGACUCAGCAGCUGCUGUCGCCCCGUCUGCACCGGUUUCAUCUGAAGAGCUCACUGAUGCUCCGUCACAGCUGAUCCCACUGGUUAACCUUACUCCAGAGGCAGAGCCGCCGCAGACAGGCCGUGUGAAUCAACAGCAGCCCUCCUCAGAUCCACCACCAAGACCCUCUGGGCCACCAACGUGCUGGGAGAGCUCCUCUUCCUCCUCAGGUUGUCCCCCGGGAGGCUGGACUGAGCUGAACACCCAGCAGCGUCCUCCUUCCUCCUCUCCAUAUCCAGCGACUCCUCCCCCUCUCUUCCCCCCCCCUCAUUUCCACACCUUCCUCACAGCUCCUCCACCUCUCAGCCCUUACCCUCCUGGAUACCCACCUGCCGUCUGGACGCUCCCAAACCUCCCGGGUGCCCCCAUCGCUCCCCUGUGCCCCUCCACCUCCAUCCCUGCGCUCAUCCCCAAGGAGUGGUACAUGCAGAGAAAGAAGGAGAGGUCACCUCACAGAGGAUCUUCCCACAGACGCACCUGCUCUGGUUCUCAUUCAAAGUCUUCUAAGUCCAAGUCUGCUCGCUCCUACUCGCGCUCUUCAAGCAGGUCCAGAUCCCGGUCCAGGUCCCAAGGGAGAUCAAGGCCCCACUCACCCUACUCCCACCACAGGGACCCCCACCCCCGCUCUACUUCCUCCCGCUCCUAUAACUAUGGUUACAAACGUUCCCCAACUCCGUCCUCGUCCUCUUCACCUCAAGUGGGUUACCGUUCCAGGUCCAGGUCGCCUUCAGAUCACAGCAGAAACAGUCGCCACCAAAGUAGGACGACUGUCUCUGGCAGCUACGACUCCAGGAGGCGAGGAGAGCAUCACCCGAGGGAAGCAGGAAGUCACAUGUACGAUCCGCAUGUAAAUCAAAGUAGCGGCAUGAACCAAGAGCACUUCCUGCAGUGGAAAAGGGAGUACAAAGACUGGUGUGAUAAAUAUUUUAGCAGUUAUGUUGGACACUUCCACCAGAUGCCUAUUCCCCUUCUCAGUCUCCCCCAUCCUCCUCAGUGGGGGGACAGAGAAGGGAGCAAAAAUUACUCUCACGCUAACUCGGAUUCUCGCAAGCGAGUCCAAGGUAGACUCAGCGCCCGGAUGGACAAACGCUCUCCUCCGUCAUCCAGCGACAGCCGCUCCUCUCCAUCUCAGUCUUCACGUGACAGCCGUUCAACGCCGUCCCAGACAUCCAGCGACAACCGCUCGUCUCAGUCUCAUUCGUCUAACAACAGCCGCUCCCCGCAAUCUCAGUCGUCCAGCGACGGGCGCUCCACACCAUCCGAAGACAGAGCUCAGUUGAAGACGUAUGAACGAAGGCGAACUGAGAAGAACAGCCGCCGGCCAAUCACACCUCCAAAAAGCAGCGAGGAACCGCAAGAAAAGAGCCAAGGCGAAAAGCGGCAACUCAAUCGGAAUUUGGUCAAACACGAGCAAAAGACUGUGAAGAAACUUAAGAAGGAAGGAGUUGAAAAGUCAUCCUCCCCUGACUCAACAGGUGACAGAAAGGGAAAAAGGGGCCACGAAACUGGACCAAACCCCUUUAAAGAUGGCAGCCCAGGACCAGAGAGAGCAACAGCCAACGAUGCCUUAGAACCAGUCCAAAAGCUUGUGAAACCAGCUAAACGUUCGGAUAAAGACUAUGAAAGAAAAGGCAGGGAACAAAGGAGUUUGGAAAAAGGGAAAGAAAGAAGAAGAGGCGAACAUUCAGACUCCAGGAGAGAUGCACGGAGAAGUCACAAAGACAAGCCCAGCAAAGAGUCAGGCAGGGUGGAUCGAGACAGAUACAGAGACCCUGAAGGUAAAAGAGCUUCAGGAUUGGAGAAUAUAAAAAGAAAACGAGAAAACACGGAGAGAAAUUCUGUAAAAGCUCAAAGCAGCAAAUGCCGGAAAGACCCUGAAACUCGCAGCAGUGAAUCCCCAAUGACAUUUGAGAGAAAUAAGACGGAGAAGAAAAAGGAGAGGAAAACCUGGCCUCUGGCAGAGAAAGACAUCUGGGAGGGAGGCAUUCAGAUGAAACCACAGAAGAAGAUUAGCAUCAACAUAAACCUGGAAGGUAAAAAGUCUGAAGGAAAAAUAAAGAGAGAUAUUCAGGCUGGUAAUGGAGAGCAGGAGAGGUCAAACAGAGGAGAGACAAACAUUGAAGAAAAUAAGGAAACCAGCAGAGACAUGGAAGAGGUGUCUGAAGACAAGAGACAGAAAUGGGAGAAAGCUACCUUCAGAGAUGAUGAAGGAGAGUUGUUCGAGAAGAAACGGGAGACAGAAAAGGAGGAUUUUGACUUGUGGCAUAGUUUCUGCAGAGAAGUGGAGGAGGAGAAGGAAAAACAUCCAGAUGAAAGAGACAGGAUGGAGGCCAGCAAAGGAGAAGAGGUGACAAACGAGGAGGUGAAGUUAUUCGCGAGCACAACUAAGGAGAUAGUUGAGGGGGAAAGCACAUUCAAGGAAAACAUAGAAAACCUGCCGGGGAAGUCAAAGGACGAGCUGAUGGAGCUACUGAAUUGGAGGAUGAUGCAAGAACAAGAACAGGAUACGAGGAUGUCCAAUUCACAGAGCAGCAAAUACAAGAGCCACCUUGACAGACUGAACACCAUGGUGGACGACGACGGGUCAGAAUGUUUCUGCUUUACUCUUUAUCCUACCAUUAUGCAAAUAUUUCAAAACUGGUUAAUUGUCAAAAGAUGCACAGAAAUGACUGUCUUGCUUUGUCAGCUCUAAUCUCUGCCCUAGAUAUAAGUAAGUAAGUCAAACUUUAUUUAUAUAGCACCCUUCUCAACACGGAAAGUGCUUUACAGCAGAGUCCUG